AUGGGGGCCCUUGCAAAGCCGCGGCUUUGGCCGUGUGCGUUGCUGUGUGCAGCACUUUGGACUUUAACCGCAGCAGAUUGGACGGACUGCGCUCCAGCUUGUCGAUGCAAAUGGACAUCGGGCAAAAAGUCAGCAUUGUGUCCACGCGCUGGACUGACUGCACCGCCCGCUUCUCUUAGUGCGGACAUUCAAGUACUUGAUUUAACGGAAAACCAAAUAGAGCGUUUAGCCGCUGCAGCAUUUAGUUCAUUAGGACUUUUAAAUCUUCAACGUGUAUUUCUUAAAUCAACCGGACUCCGAGAAGUUCAUAAAGAUGCAUUCCUCGAUUUACGGAUAUUGGUCGAGCUGGAUCUAUCGGAAAACGCUCUGGAACGUAUACAUCCAGCUACCUUCACCGGUAAUGAUAGACUGCGAGUUUUGAGUUUGAGCGGAAAUCCGCUAAACGAAUUAAUAGCGGAGCAAUUUCCCGUAUUACCCCACUUACGAACUUUAGAUUUAGAAGACUGCCGUUUAACAUAUGUACAUCGCGAGGCUUUUGUACAUUUGGGCCAACUUGAAUCAUUAAACCUAAGACGUAACCGAUUAGAAAGUUUAUCAGAAGCUGCAUUUCUGCCAACAGGGCGUAUGAAAACCUUAGCGUUAGAUGGAAAUCCAUGGAGAUGCGAUUGUCAUCUGCGAAGAUUUCGCAAUUGGUUUCUAGCCGGCAAGCUGCCAUCUGCAGCCCUACAUUGUGCUGACCCACGUGACUUGCGUGGUCAAUUGUGGCAAGAUGUACCAGCAGAAAAGUUUGCUUGCCCCCCAGAAGUUUUACUAACGGAUCGUUUAAUACAAAAAGAACCGGGAGGUAAUGCUACGUUCGGAUGUAGAGUUCGAGGCGAUCCCAGACCAACGGUCACGUGGUUAUUUAACGGCGCUCCCCUUGCUGGUGCAGAUGCCACAGAUUCUGAAAUACCACUUGUAUCACUUGAAAAUGGACUGCAAGAUACGUGGAUUAAUGUAACUCUUUUUAAUUUAUCUGAUGUAGACGCCGGUGAAUAUUCAUGCUCAGCGGAAAAUUCAUUAGGAUAUGCAUCGCAAAAUUUAACAUUGAGUUUGCCGGAAAUUGUUGCGGCCACAACAUUGAGUGCUGCACCUUCUUGGCUGUUACUUGCGGGAGCAGUAUGUGGCUCAGUCAUUGCAGCUAUUGCGGGAAUCACUGGCUUAGCUUGCGCAGUUUAUGCAUGUGAGAGAUCUGGUAGGCGGAAAAGGCAUAGACGGAAAGCCAAAAUACAAGGUAGUGCUAGCUUUACGGACCAAGAGAAAAAAUUACUAGACGCUAGUAUAACAACCGAAAGAGCAUCUGGAGCUGGAAGUUGUGAAGUUUUGGGCGGACCGCGAGACACAGAUUUGGCUGAGCGUGUAUCGCCACCGCCAUGCGGUCCGAGACCUGUGCAUAUAACAAUUGAAAGUCAUGAUAGACGUGAUCCUCUAAUGGCAUAUCCGGCUACUUUAGGACCGCCGACGCGUGUCUUUCCACCACCACCACCAGAGUUCUCAGCUGGGGCUUUUGGUAAUAUUUUCAUAUCCGUAUCUGUAGCAAGAGAUGGAAAUGUAGCGCCGUCUCCGGACGGCAGACGUUUUCCGGAUCUGUUAGACAUUGCGCCGCGUCCUUUAAUAUCGUCUAUUACGCCAACAGCCAUUCCCACAGAACGUGCUUGUUGCGUGCAAGCACCGUAUGCGACUUUGCCUAGACGACCGACAUGUAGAGCCACUGUGGUCGAUCCUGGACCACCGAUCGUACCCAGAGCGCAAUAUGAUAACAUGGGACCUCGAGUAACAGCAGGCGGAAGCUCAACGCUAUCAUUACCGGGUCCCCCUGUGUCCCCAGUGCAAUCAGACCCUCCGGAGGUGCCCCCUGCGCCACCGCCGCCGCAGCAAGAGUGUUCCACUCACGCAGAAGGAUAUGUUUCCCUUUAG